AUGCGGCUGGAACGUGAAUGGGAGAUGAGACGGGAAGAGCUUGAGUUAAGGAAGCAAGAACUGAAGCAGGAGCAGGAAGAGAAGGAGAAACAAUGUCAGCAUGAGCGGGACCAACCAGGAGCCGCGGACUCGCCCUGCCCUCAGAGCUGGAUACCGCACGGAGACAGCUGCUACAGCUACUUCGCCCACCAGCAGUCCUGGGCAGAGGCUGAGGCUGAGUGCCAGAGCUCCGGCCACGGGGCCCAUCUCUCCUCCAUGCUCAGCGCAGCAGAAGGCGGUUUUGUGGCUGGGUACCUCGGCCAGUUCCCACGAGCUGGUGACGUCUGGAUCGGGCUCUCUGACCCUGAGCAGCCGGACCUCUUCCCCAUCUCUGCAGAACGGAGGCUGGGCCUGGACAGCGAGCUCCUGCCUCAGCUACGCAGCCUGGUCCAGCGGGGAGCCCCCAACGCCCAGACGCAAGAGCCCUGUGCAGAGCUGAGCAGUGGCACAGGUUUUCUGAAGUGGAAGGCUGAGCCCUGUGAUGUCCAAACCUCCUUCAUCUGCAAGUACCAACGCCAGCCAGGGGAGUGA